AUGAUAAAGAUAUCUUCCAAAAUGAAUGACAAAAAUUACACCUUUAGAAAAAGAGUUGUUAGGAAAAAGCCUUGGCUGCGUGUGGGGGAAGUGACAGCACAGAAGAGACCAGAGAAGAGCCUCCUGGAGGAGAGCCUGCACUUUGACCAUGCUGUCCGGAUGGGAGAGGCCAGGGUUCUGAUCAGCCACCUGCAUGAUUCAUGGAAGUUUGCAGGAGAGUUAGAGCAGGCUCUCUCUGCUGUCGCUACACAGAAGAAGAAGGCGGAUAGGCUACUGCUCUGCCUGCUCUAUCCUGACUUAACCUUUCUGUAUUUGCAAUACACUGAGGAGUUAACAAAGGAGAGGAACGCCCUGAGUCUGGAACUGUACAGGAACACCAUAACUGAUGAGGAGCUGAAGGAGAAAAAUGCCAAACUACAAGAAAAACUUCAACUUGUAGAAUCUGAAAAGUCUGAGAUCCAGCUCAACGUAAAGGAGCUAAAAAGGAAACUGGAGAGGGCCAAGCUCCUGCUGCCACAGCAGCUGCAGGUGGAGGCUGACCACGUGGGUAAGGAGCUGCAGAGUGUGUCAGCAAAGCUCCAAGCCCAGGUGGAAGAGAACAAGUUGUGGAACCGCCUGAACCAGCAACAGGAGGAGAUGUGGAGGCAGGAGGAGAAGAUACAGGAGCGGGAGGAGAAGAUACGGGAGCGGGAGGAGAAGAUACGGGAGCGGGAGGAGAAGAUACGGGAGCGGGAGGAGAAGAUACGGGAGCGGGAGGAGAAGAUACGGGAGCGGGAGGAGAAGAUGCGGGAGCGGGAGGAGAAGAUGCAGGAGCGGGAGGAGAAGAUGCAGGAGCGGGAGGAGAAGAUACAGGAGCGGGAGGAGAAGAUGCAGGAGCGGGAGGAGAAGAUGCAGGAGCGGGAGGAGAAGAUACGGGAGCGGGAGGAGAAGAUGCGGGAGCGGGAGGAGAAGAUACGGGAGCGGGAGGAGAAGAUACGGGAGCGGGAGGAGAAGAUACGGGAGCGGGAGGAGAAGAUGCAGGAGCGGGAGGAGAAGAUACAGGAGCGGGAGGAGAAGAUGCAGGAGCGGGAGGAGAAGAUACGGGAGCGGGAGGAGAAGAUACGGGAGCGGGAGGAGAAGAUGCGGGAGCGGGAGGAGAAGAUACGGGAGCGGGAGGAGAAGAUACGGGAGCGGGAGGAGAAGAUACGGGAGCGGGAGGAGAAGAUGCAGGAGCGGGAGGAGAAGAUACGGGAGCGGGAGGAGAAGAUACGGGAGCGGGAGGAGAAGAUACGGGAGCAGGAGGAGAAGAUGUAUAAGCAGGAAGAGAAGAUGCAGGAACAGGAGGAGAAGAUGCGGAGGCAGGAGGAGAAGAUGCGGGAGCAGGAAGUGAGGCUGCGGCAGCAGGAGGAGAAGAUGCAGGAACAGGAGGUGAGGCUGCAGGAGCUGGAGGAGAGGCUGGGGAAGCUGGGGCAGAAGGCCGAGCUCUUGAGGGGGAGCAGGCAGAGGUGCGUGCAAACCCUGGAGAUCAUACAGAACAAACUCACCACAACUUAG